AUUUCACUCCUUUUUCACUCCUUCUUUACUCCUAUACGGGAUACUCUUCCUAUGACAUACAGGAUAGAUGCCGAGCUGCUCAUCCCCGGACGGGGAGAGCCCAUCCCCCACGCCAGCCUCGUGUGGCAAGGCAAGACAAUCCUCUAUGCCGGGCCACGCUCCUCCCUGCCGGACCUAUUCCAAGACAUUGCCGGGCUGCAGACGGUGCCGGUGGUGAUGCCCGGCAUGUGGGACUGCCAUAUCCAUUUCCUCGGGGCCACCGCCGCCAGCAUGGACGCCCUGCCGCGCACCCCCCAGGCCAUGGCGGGCGCCCGCAGCGUGCCCGACCUGCUGGCCACGCUGCUGGCGGGCUUCACCUCGGUGCGCGAAGUGGGCGGCUACGGCUGUGAGCUGGCCCCGGUGGUCGCCGAGGGCCGGAUCCGGGGCCCAACCAUCUACAGCGCCCACUCGGCCAUCAGCAUGACGGCCGGCCACGGCGACGUGCACGGCAUGCCUCUCGACUCGCUGCGGGAGCUGUGCUCGUCUGGCCUGCCGCUGACCCUCGCCGACGGCGUGCCCGAGUGUCUGCGGGCGGUGCGGAAACAGCUGCGUGCCGGGGCCAAGGUGAUCAAGGUGUGUGCGUCGGGCGGGGUGGUCUCUGCCAUCGAUGAUCCGCAGCACCAGGAGUUCAGCCUGGAAGAGUUAAAGGCCAUUGUCGAGGAGGCAGGGCGUGCCCGGCGCAUCGUCGCCGCCCACUGCCAUGGGAAAGCGGGCAUCCUGAACGCCCUCCACGCCGGCUGCAAGACCAUCGAGCACGGCAGUUUCCUCGACGACGAGUGCGUCGCCCUCAUGCGCGAAAAGGGGGCCAUUCUCGUCGCCACCCGCAGCGUGAUCGAAAGCAGUCUGGCGAUGCGCCAUCUCUUCUCGCCGCACUCGUUCCAGAAACUGCUGGCGCUCGCUGACGCCCAUCGCGACUCAUACGCGCGGGCUGUCGCCGGCGGGGUCACCAUCGCCCUGGGGACAGACCAGUUCCUCAGCUCGCCAGACCCGAAUCUCGGAUACGGGCGGAAUGGAAGGGAGCUCGAGUAUGCUGUCGCGGCCGGGUUGACGCCCCUGCAGGCCAUCGAGGCUGCCACGGCCAACGGGCCGUUGACGGUGGGCGACCAGGCGCCGCAGAGUGGGCGGCUGCAGGCCGGGUUUGAUGCGGACUUUAUAGCUCUUUUGAAGAAUCCUCUGGUGGAUAUCUCUGUCCUGUCUGACACGGCCAAUAUCUCGCAUAUCUGGAGGGAGGGAAGAAGACUCAAGUAGUAGUGGACUAGAAACCAUUCGACUUGAUUCUCAUGUGUUGCUGUGAGCUAGGGUUAGGGUAGGGUUUCAAGGCAGUACAAUCUAAAGUACAAGCACCUACUUUAUAUAAAGUAGAUAGUCUAGAGUAAUAUAG